AGACGCCAUAAUAGUUUUCAUAUAUUACUACUACAUCCACUCUUCUUUCUCUCUCUAAAAAAAAUGGCAACUUCAUCUUCAUCUCAAAAACCACGUCACCAUCUCAACCACCUAUACGGUGGACCCACGUCAGCUCCACCACCAACACCAUCAUCAACACAAUCUUCUCUCUCCUCCACGUCAGAUUCCGCCAUGGAUACUCUCUCUCGUCUUCUCCAUCGUCUUCCUCCUAAUCUCUCUCUUCCUACACGACGCAAACCCUCCACGUCAUCAUCAUCGUCAUCAUCUCUUCUUCCUACUCUAUCUCUCUCCUCCACGUCAUCACCACCUUCUUCUACGUUUGAACUCGGUUACUUCCAACUCAGUCACCAUUCUAUAACUCAUCAACUCGCUGAGUCAGCCGAGUCUGACUCGGUCUCUCUACUCGAGUUACCCCUUGAUGAUAAAGUUAACUCCUUCCCUAGAGAAUGGCCUUUGGGAUUUUUUUACGACGACGAGGAGAACGACAACGAUCACAAAACGGAGUCGUUUUGCUUGGAUGACACUAUAUUAUGCGACGAAGAAGGUAGUGAUACCGAGUUGAAGUUAGCGAGUUUGAAAGGGUUGACUCGUGAGUUGGAAAAGAUUGGGUUGGAGGUGGUGGAGAGGCUAUCAUGCGCCGGUGGGUUUGUGGGACCCAACCCAAAAGAAUACAGUACGUUGAUGUGGGUAUCAUCAGAAUCGGACGGUGAUAAAGCAAGGAGAGUGUACCCGUAUGUGGUGGGAUUGCAGUACCAGAUUAGGCCAAAGAAGUGGGACCUGCUGUCUGAUUCGGGUUUGGUGAAUGUGGAGCCCCAGGUUGGGUCUGUAUUGGUUACAAUUGGAGACAUCGCUCAGGUAUGGAGCAAUGGAAAGCUAAAGAAAGUAAGAGGAAGACCAGCUCCAAUUUCAGAUAAGGAUGGAAAAUCAAGCUUAUCAAUGACAUUGUUGCUCACUCUUCCUCUUGAAAGCAAUGUCUCACCUCUUCUCAAGAACCCUAACAACUUCGAAAAAGAAGCUUAUUGUGAAACAAAAGUGAUUAAGGAAGAAAACAAUAACGAUGAGCAUCAAAGCAUUGAGUCAAUAAGUACGAGUGACUAUGGUAUCAACGACCAUAACGAGAAUCAAACUGUUUUUAACUCGUUCUCUUUCGAGGAUUAUGCAUGGAGAGUUUACCAUGAACGCCUUCUCUUAAAAGAUCCCCUUGAUAGAUAUCGUGUUAUCGACUAAUUUGGCUUGUUUUUGGAUAAUAAUGUGUGUUAGUUGUAUUAUUGUGCUUGGAGGAUUUGCAUUUACAUGUAUGUCUUUUGGUUGGAGAUUGGAGAGUUUUAUUCUUUUGUUGGUGUUAGGAAUUGGAGGAAUGUCUUCAUUUUUUUUUUUUUUAGAAGUGCUCGUUUUGUAUGGGCUUUUAGUUUAAUGUUUUUAUUUAAAAGACGUGGUUAUUGGCAAGAACUUAUUGCAUUUAUUGUUUGGGUUCAUAAUAAAUUAAACGGUUUUUUCACCA